AUGGGCGGCGCGGGGGGUGGGCAGGGGUCAGGGGUCAGGGGUAGGACGGAAGAUAAGGGAGGUAAGGGGAACAAUGGUGCCUGUAGGUUGAGAAUUGGGCAAUGGAACAUAGGUACAUUGACAGAGUCGAGGAAUGCAGACGAGUAUAAGCUGUGGUACUCUGGAGUCCUGAAGGGUAAGAAUGGUGUAGGCAUUCUAGUGGAUAGGGAACUUAGAGAGUCUGCGGUAGUGGUUAGGCGGGUGAAUGAUAGGUUAACGUCUAUUAAGUUGUUGGUUGGAGAGUACACCAUAAAUGUCGUUAGUGCGUAUGCGCCGCAAGCGGGCUUGGAUGAGGAGAACAAGAGGCGCUUCUGGGAGGGGAUGGAUGAGAUUGUGCGUAGUAUUCCGCCUGCUAAGAGGCUAUUUAUAGGAGGGGAUUUUAAUGGUCAUAUUGGGACGACUGCAGGCGGUUAUGGCGAGGUGCAUGGUGGCUUCAGUUUUGGGGAUAGGAACGCAGGAGGAACUUCGCUGUAG